GUACAUGCAUACGUUAAACACAACACUUGUGGAAAGGCGAGUUGUGUAUAACUGGCACUGACUGGAGUAUGAAACGCCUGGAAUGACAGUGGCGGAGUGAGUGGGAUGGCAGUGAACACGCCCGACUGUUGCGCACAGCUUCGUAAAGAAUAUGAUUUUACGCACUAAGUUAAAGAGUGUUCCUGCAAUUAUAUGUUGGACAAAACUUCUGGGAUUUUGUGCUUUGAAUUGUCCUGAGUGGUCCGGAUUAAUUUCAUCACCCCGCAGGACGAGAAAAUCGCUACAGGUUGCUUUUUAAAAAUCACAUGUUGCUUUCUUAAACUUCCCACGGAUACAUACAGUCAUAGCAAGACAUUGUGGAUGUGCGCUGAGUGCGCACAAGGACAUGUGAAAUGCGGAUAAUGGUGCCAUGGUGGCAGAAGUUAAAAUGAGGGCAUUUGGCGAGCAGUUGGUGCGCUCAGAAUGGCCCGUGAGGAUUCGGUGAAGUGUCUGCGCUGUCUGCUCUACGCGCUCAACUUUCUCUUUUGGCUUAUGGCCCUUUGUGUGCUGGGAGUGGCCACCUGCCUCAGGGAUCACUUGAACAAUGUGCUCACCUUAACUGCCGACACCAGACUGGAGGAGGCAGCCGUUCUCACAUACUCCCCUGUUGUCCAUCCAGUCGUCAUUGCUGUGUGCUGUUUUCUAAUCAUCGUGGCCAUGGUGGGCUACUGCGGCACGCUCAAGUGCAAUCUGCUCCUACUGUCUUGGUAUUUUGGCAGUCUGAUGGUGAUAUUCUGUGUGGAGCUGGCCAGCGGAGUGUGGACAUAUGACGAGCCUAAGGUACAAAGGUCUGACAUGAUAAGUCUAAAAUCACGUAUGCCUCAUUUUGGUCUGCAACGCUACCAGUGGCUCACACAUGCGUGGAACUCCAUACAAACUGAGUUAAAGUGUUGUGGAGUGAUCUACUUCACUGAUUGGCUGGAAAUGACAGAGAUGGAGUGGCCACCUGACUCCUGCUGCUCCCAUCAGUAUCCAGGGUGUGCCCGCCAUGCCCACUACCAUGACCUCAGUGACGUCCACCAAGAGGGCUGUGGUCCCAAGAUCUACAGUUUCAUCCGGGGCACCAAGCAGUUGCAAGUUUUGAGGUUCUUGGGCGUGUCGAUAGGAGUAGCCCAGAUUUUAGCCAUGACGUUGACUGUUACACUCCUGUGGGCUCUUUAUUAUGACCAUAAACCACCCGACCCAGCAUCCCCAGACACCCUAACCCACAUCCAUGCGCACAGCUCUGCAGAAGACUCCCUGAAGCCCAGCCACUCAAAUCCACGAGUGCCUGAGGCCUGGGCCAACAUGUCCCCUAACGGACACACUCAGUUUGAGAUGGAACAGCUUCCCUACCAGCCAGUCAGACCCGAUUGAUGAUCGGCUGCCACUAUGAAACAGUGUAGACACUAAAAAUGAUGUUCUUGCUCUGCUGACACUAAUUGGAUCAGACAGUGGAGAAGUGGACCAUAAAAAUGGAUCGUUCUGGGUGCUGGAUGUCACGAUUGGUUUUACGUUGUGCAAAGGUGUGAACUAAAGCUAAGCGUAUUAAUUUUGGAAAGUACUUGUAUCUACCUGUGGAAAAUGGAGCCAUUUAUUGUUGUCCAUUCAGCUAUAUGAGGAAGAUUCACUAUGUUCUUCUUGAAUAAAGUCACUGGAUCUUACUCUACGGACUUGAAUUUAGGAAAGAGGUUCUGGAAUAAACUUUGAGGGGAAAAAAGAACCACUUACACAAACAACCCGCUAGGUCAAUUGUUUCCACUUACACAGACAAAUGUAGUCACACAUGCACACAAGCUUAAGUCUUAAUUCAUUUUUUUCAGAUGAAAGACAUUGCUGCUAAAGGCUAAUAUUGAGGAUAAUGGGAUACAUUGUGGAUUUUCUCGCCUUAAUUUAACAGCACGGUUAUAUGUGAUAUGGACUGGUGCAAGUAUGUUUUAGAACAAAAGUAGCAUUAAUUUUUGAUACAAUAAUAGUCAACACAUACAGUAGGUUACAAGAGAGGGCUGAACUCUUCAAGGCAUUGUGUUUAGUGUUUGAAAAACCUGUUUUGUCUUGCAUGUGAAUCACAGCGCAUUAAACAUGAAGACUUCUGAUUUUCAGUCAAA